AAUAAUAGUUAUAAUAGCUAUUCGCUAAAAAUGAAGCAACCUUUAUUUGUCAUAUCAAUUCUGACAAUCGUAACUGUAAGCUUUAGUAUUAAUCUAAAAAAUGUGUACGAUUGGCAAUACGUUGAUUUUCUUUGGGAUAGUGAGAAUCAAAGGAAUGAUGCGAUAAAUUCUGGCAAAUAUAAUCCUAACUCAUGCGUUUUAUACGACGUGGACGAAGCGCAAGAUGGUAGAAUAUUCGUUACUUCGGUAAGAGAACAAGGAGUACCAGCUAGUCUGAUGGUAGUAUCUGAUGAAACAGGACCGGGAGGUCCACUUUUGGAUCCAUAUCCAAGUUGGUCAUGGUAUAAUGAGAAUGAUUGCAAUGGUAUCAUAAGUGUAUAUCGAGUGUCCAUCAAAUGCAAUCACAUCUUCGUUCUGGAUUGCGGCAAAGUCGGAGUAAACGCCGUUUGUCCUCCGCAACUAUUGAUCUUCGAUUUAGAAAAUAAUAUGCUCGUUAAACGUAUUGACAUUCCACCUCACAUCGCUAACAACAAAAAUGGCACUGGAUUGCUCGUAACACCACUUGCUUAUGUUCGAGAUUGCAAAUACAUAAGUGAUGCGACCGUAUUUAUGGCUGACGUAGAAGGUUACGGUUUGGCUAUUUACAACGAAAAUAUUGGCUUCUGCAGAAUCGAAUCUAAUUACAUGAAACCGACUGAUGCCAAUUUUACGAUAGAAAACCAGAGUUUUUAUUUGGAGGACGGUAUUCUCGGUUUAACAAUUAUUUAUGAACAGUUGUAUUAUGCUCCCUUAGCGGGAAAGGAAAUAUAUAAGAUGGAUCUGUGUAAUCUUCAUCAAGAAUGUUUAAAACUAAACAAUUUAAAACUAAGCCAAAGUGAAGUUGAUAAACUAACUCAACUAGCGGGUACGUUAUCUGGCCAAACGGGACCGAUAGCAUCCAAGCAAUGCGCAAUAUUUUUUAGCAAUAUUCCGAAAACAUCCAUUUUGUGCCAAGAUACUGGAACAGAAUUUCAUUCUACCAAUACAGAGGUUAUAGCGCAAAAUUCCGAAUUAUUGCAAUUUGCAAGUGGAAUGAAAGUUGUAAAUCAUGGAAAAUGUCUGAUGGUUUUAACAAACAGAUUUCAGCGAGUUUUUACUAAUACAUUAAAUCUAAAUGAAACAAACUUCCGCAUUCUCGCUAUGAAUAUAGAGGAAAUACGGGACGAGACAAAUUGUUUUGCUUCAUGCAGCGAAUUGUUUUAAUUAAUAAUAUAACAUAAUAAUUCCAAAAAAAUGGCAAGUGGUUCGA